AUGUUUCGCGCGCAACAGAACGCCUUCGACGAUGCAGUCGCCAAGGCGACGGACGAGAACCUGACUUCGGAGAAUUGGGAAUAUAUCCUCGAUGUUUGCGAUAAGGUUGCUGCUGAGGAGUCAGGUGCCAAAGAUGCGGUGGCUGCGAUGAUCAAAAGACUGGCGCACCGGAAUGCCAAUGUGCAGUUGUAUACUCUGGAGCUGGCGAAUGCGUUGGCGCAGAAUUGCGGCCCGAAGAUUCAUCGAGAACUUGCGUCGAGAAGCUUUACAGAUGCCCUUCUUCGAUUAGCAAAUGAUCGGAAUACCCAUCAGCAGGUCAAAUCGAAGAUCCUGGAGCGUAUGCAUGACUGGACUCGCAUGUUUUCCAGUAACCCGGACUUCGGAAUCAUGGAGCAGGCCUAUAUGAAAUUGAAGACCCAGAAUCCCAAUCUCCAGCCCCCAUCGAAACCCGUCAAGAAGGAAAUCACCCAGGCGGAUCGGCAGAAGGAAGAAGAGGAAUUGCAGAUGGCAUUGGCUCUCUCGAUAAGAGAAAAGUCUGACGCGGGCCCUGCACCACAAGCAGAAUCCAGUGCACCUGCGUCCGCCCCAGUUAGCCAGACACAAGCAGCUGCACCGCAGGCGGUGCCGUCAGGUACUUCCGCUGCUACCGUUUCCCGGGUCCGAGCACUAUUUGACUUCCAGCCCUCCGAGCCCGGUGAACUCCAAUUCCGCAAGGGAGACAUCAUUGCUGUGCUCGAGUCUGUGUACAAGGAUUGGUGGAAGGGUUCGCUGCGAGGACAAACUGGAAUUUUCCCCCUCAACUACGUAGAGAAACUGCCGGAUCCGACGGUGGAAGAGUUGCAGCGAGAAGCCCAGAUGGAGGCAGAUGUCUUUGGUCAGAUCAAAAACGUCGAGAAGCUUCUGACGCUUCUGAGUACACGCAGCUCAGAAUUGAAUGUGCAGGAUAACGAGGAGAUAACAGCGCUCUAUCAUUCGACUCUGGCCAUUAGGCCUAAGCUGAUUGAGCUCAUUGGGAAGUACUCCCAGAAGAAAGAUGAGUUCACACAACUCAACGAAAAGUUCAUUAAAGCUAGGCGAGAUUAUGAAUCUCUCUUGGAAGCAUCCAUGUCGCAUCCCCCACAGCCGCAGUAUGCCCGACCGGGCCAGCCCCCUUAUGGAUAUCCUGCACCGACAGGGCCUCAUGGAUACCCACAAGGUGCACCGCAGCCCGAUCCUCAAAGAUACUUCAGCCCACGCCCGCAGGAUCAGACACACAUGUACCCUCCCACCUCUCAAUCGCCUGAUCCGCGCGGUCGCACUCCUCCUGCUGGUCCGACCAUGCAGCAGCAGCAGCAGCAGCCACCAGCAGAAUCUUUUCAGCCUAUGCACCAUCGUCCGGAAUCCACCUAUGACAACCCACAAGAACUAGGUACCUCGGUCUAUGAUUCCCCUGUCGAAUAUCCCCCCGCAAAUCAACGGUUCCAGUAUCCCCCAGGGGCAUCAGCCCCACCCGGUGUCCACCAGCAGCUCCAGCAGCAACAACAAGAGUAUUCGCCUUCAAACUAUUCUCCUGAGGAUACAACUAACCCUCCGACCGCCAACUUUCCUCCCCAGCCCCAGCAAUCACAGCUCCCUUACCCCACAGGACCAGCCGGCCAUCAAGCGCCUCCUUCCCAUCAGCCUCCUCCGGUUCCCGGUGGCGCGUCAAAACCUUCGCCGUAUCCAUCUUUGACACCAGGCGCGCCCAGCGCAGGCGAGUACCAAGCGUACAACCCAUCACAAGCUAGCGCCAGUUCAAAUCCUGCUUCUUUCUACCGCUGA